UCAAUGAUUACCAUCAAAAUGAAGGAUAACGUUACCAGAACAUUGCCAAAGGGAAACGUAAAAGCUUCUGUGUGGAAGAGAAUUAUCAGCCGCCGUAUUCUGAAACGAACAAGAGAGAAGAAAUUGAAUUUGCUUUAUUCAAUGUUGAGAGUUAUACUGCCCAAAUCUAUCAAGGUAACAAAGCAAGUUUCAAACUCCAAAGAUUUCUCAGUUGGAGGAGGCUGCAGCUCAUCCUUAAUGGCUGACCUCCCAGCAGAGAAACUUCAGGUUUUGAAAGCAUCUGAACUAAGAGAAUGCGAUGUUACAAAGAAGGUCGACGCUCUUGCCGGAAAAGCAGAAUGACUGUAGCAAGACUGCAGCAGUGGAAAACAAAGAGCUAUAUAUAUGGAGGAAGUUUAUGCUCUCGUUAUAUUAUAAUCUAUUGAAGAGUAAACGUUUCUUUCUUUACUUGACUGCAUGGAACAAACAUAUAAAUAAAAUAAAACAAAACCUUAUUUGAAACUUUUUAAGUGACUAUACCCAUUUUCAUCAA